AUGAGCUCUUCUCUUUUUAACGACAACUCCCCAAUUCAACAUGACUCUCGAAAAAGCUCAAAUUUAAAUUUCGAUGCAGCUCAACAAACAGCAUCUACAAAACAGCGUUCUUCAAUGGAUGACUCAGUUAAUAUGUAAUCCAGUGCUGGAAUGAAAAAAUCUUCCACUCAUAUUCCAUAAUUCUGUUUUGAACCUAAAAGUGAAUUGAUUUUAGAAAUCGAAAGUUACAUGCCUCUUUACAUUGAUUGUCAAAGCAUAGAUGCUGAAUAUUUAUAAUGGUGCUUUGAAAGCUUAAAGCAAAAGCAGCUUGAAUGCAGUCUUAAAAAUGAUGUUGAUACACUCAAUUUUAUUUAACAACGCCUCUAGGUACUUGUUUAUCAAAGUCCUUUACCUUAAAUAUCUGAACUUUUUCGCCCUCUUCUACUAGAAUAGAAUUGCGAAGAGUAGCGCAUCAGUAGAUAUUUCUUAAAUGAGGAUUUCCCCUCUAUCAUUUAACUACAACACAUCAUUUUUAGCAAUGAUCAUUCUCAGCCAAAUGCUGUUUCAUAAAAAAUUUCUGACAUAUUAAAACGCAAUUCUGAUUAAUUGCUAAAUUCAAAAUAAUAAGGAAUAAACAACAAUUCUUCAGAAAAUUUAGAUAUUUCAACUGAGACUUCAACUGAUCCUGUCAAUUAACAGGAUUCAUUAUCUGCUGUCAUUAAAGAAGAAUUGCACAAGCAAAAGGUUUAUUCUACUGAUAACGUCAAUCUUGAAGAUUUGUAAAAAUUGCUUACUACUAUUUACAAUACCUUCAACGGUAGAAUACCCAAUAUAUUUCGUCCUUUCCUCUUCUUCCCAGAGUAUUUGAAAACAUUUUUCACUUCUUUUGAAGAGAUAUUUAUUGAACCAUCUGCUUGGCCAUACGAAUCUCUUUAUCAAAUUGCAAUGAUGACUGCAAGUGCUUACGAGUGCAGUUAUGUUUUCUUGAUGUUUGGAGAAUUGUAUUAAAUUUACUAAGGUAAUCCUGCUUUCUUAGAUGAUGGAUUUGAAGCUUUAGACCCUAAAGUCAAAAAGGCUUGGGAUUUGAUUUACCUUUUAAAGGAAAAUCACUCUGCAUAGAUUCUCAAUUAAUAAUCUUAUCACAACCUUUUCAAUUAUUUGCUUAAUUAAUCUCCUGCAUGGAAUUAAAAUGAAUUAAUAUUUGCCUUCCUUUCAAUAUCUUUUGCUUAGCAACUCGUUAUAUUGAGUCAUGGAAUGGGUUUGGUUGGAGAUAAUGACUCUCUCUAUGGAUCAGGAAAGAACUCUACAAAAAAUAACAAUUCAUUCAACUAAAUUAAGGUAAAUGAAAAACUCACUAAUGAAGUAAUUGAAAUUCUCAGCAAUCUUAAGCCCUUAGAAUUCCACAAGGAAGAAAGUGAAAUGUCCGAAGAAACUGAUGUCUCUGAUUUUGAGUUUAUCACUUCAUAAAUUAAUUAAACUCGCUUUAAAAAAUAUGUAGGUUAUUCUUCUAUAUUUUCAAAUGAUUCGCCAUUAGCUUAACCUCUUUUUAAUUCUAUUUGCUCUCCUGACAAAGUUUAAAAAUCAAAGCGUGGUAGAGACCAAAAUAAGCUUGCUUCGAAUGUUUGCGAUUGGAAAACCCAUACUUCUGAAUUUAUUGCCCACAGAAAUAUAAACCUUUCAAAAACUCUUAAUGAAAAAUAUUCUCAAAUCUAAGAAUUAACAUUAAGAAAUUUUGGAUCUACCUAAGAAAUCGAUACUCGCAUUUUCCGUGAAGCUAUUUGGAAUUUCUGUGAAAUCACAAUGGGUUAUACUAAAACUGAUUACAAUUACAGAAAAAUGAAUAAUCUUCUCUAAAAACCAUUCCGUAAUUUCUUAAAGAAAAUAAUCUUCAAGCCUCACGAAAUCAAAUUAAGCGAUUUCAAUACUAUUCCCUACCUCUUUGAAGUACAUGAUAUGGUUCAUGUAAUAUUCCUUGCCUCCGAAGCAAAAUUUUAUACUCAAAACAUCUUUCUCUUCCACAGUCUUUCUCAGUUCCUCUAAUGA